AGAGAAGAAACCGUGACAAGCUCCUUGCUGGAUUAAGAUACCCAUUUGAAACAAAUAUACUAUUAAAAAGAAGGAGAGAUGUUCCAUGGAGCUCUUACACUGGUCAUGUUGCUGCCAGUGACGACAAACUACGCCCUAUAUGCGCUAAAACCCCCACUCUUUUAUGAAUACAAUCCUUCCGGUUGUUGCGAACGCCUGAAAAAUUCCGGCAAAUGUGGCGAUCCAGCAGUAUGUUGUUACACACACAAAGAUCCAUUUUGUUCUUGUAAUAAGCCUAAUGAGGAAGCAGAGGCCUUGGGUAAAUAUCGCCCUCUGAAGAGCAGACCCCCGGGAUCCAUGGUAAAAAGCCACGAGAGAAUCAUGGCUGUUCAGACCAAGCUAGCAAGGGACAGCACGAAAUUAUGUUAUAGUGCACCAGGUCAACCAGGGCAAGCUAGGGGUGGACAAGGAGCUCCACCAGGGCAAGGUUGGGUUAAUCUGAGUGAAUGUUGUUGUCAAAUGUUUGAGGCAACAUUUGUUGGAAAAUGUUGUCACAAAGAUACAUUUGAUUAUUGUUACGACUGCCCAGACGACUCCGGAAACAAGAGAGCCAUUCUACAUAACAAACAACCAUGCUGGAUGAGGUUCUCCACUGAAAUGAAUAUCGUUAACAAUAAAAACCAAUUAACCAGUUUAUCAUCAAUCUAUUGCGCCAUCAAUAAAUGCAGAGUGUGUUCGCCCAUUGAUGUAUGGCCGUUUUCCAAAUGUUGGGGUACCAAGCCAGACAUUGUACAAAGAGGCAGAGAACGACUAGCUGCUAUCACAAGAAGAAGAAAAAGAAAAAUCAGGUCAGAAAAUGCACAUUGCUCAAAGACGACUUGCAAAGGACUGAAUGAAGAUGUAAACGUUCCAUAUUAUGUGGAUAUGACUGCGGUGUGUUGUAAGAUGAGGAACUGUACGGGCAGUUGCCGCCAAAUUGACAUAAGCCCAUAUUGCCAGUGCUAUACUGAUACCAAAGGGAGUACGUCACAAUGCAAUGUCAACAUAGAAACCUGUUUUGCAAAAGUGGCGCCACCUAUGAUGGUUCUUAGCAAGGAUUCGGCCACGGAUCAAUGUGAAGAACCUGUAUUUGCGUAUGAGAUAUGUUGCGCCAUGAGGGACUGCAAACGCAAUGGUGGGGAUAAGAAGGAGUGUUGUGUCAGUAGUGGACUGGUUUCCAAGUCGUGUUACUGUUGCUAGAUGACAAGCCAUCCGUUUGCCAUUUUCUGUUUAUAUAGUAUUUUACUCGGUUUACUAAGAAACUCAAAAUGCCAAAUAGGGUAUCACUGCCUUCGUUAUUUAUUUAUUAGCCUAAUGAAUAUGGACUAUAUACGACGUACUACGAACGGAACCGUCGUACUUCAAUCCUGCUAGAGACGUUUUUACAACAAGUUGAACUGUCUGAGGACGUAUUGAGAACGAGGUAGAACUAAUUGCAAACGGG